AUUCCUUCCCAUUUUUCCUCAACCACCCAAGACCCAAUUGAGUUAUAGAGAUUAGAUUAAGAUUAAAAAAAUGGAGGCCUUUUCUUCAAGGAUCCUUCUAACAAUUUUUGCCUUUAGUUUCAUCACACACUCUAUCCAAGCAAAUGAAAGACCAUACCAACAAUCCAACACCUUAUUCAUUAGAAAUUCUUGUAGUUCCACAACUUACCCAAGACUAUGCUACACAUCCCUAGUGAAGCAUGCCGAUUUCAUACAAACAAAUCAAAUGCUUUUAACAGGAACGGCCCUCAACGUGACUCUUGCAUCGGCAAAAUCAACCUCGGCUUUGAUGUCAACUCUCUCUAAAGGUCAGCAGUUGAACCCAAGAGAGGCUGCAGCUAUGAAGGAUUGCGUCGAGGUGCUGAGUGACUCCGUUGAUGAACUACGAAGGUCUAUCGAUGAAAUGAGUCGUCUUAGGACUUCAAAUUUUGAGAUAACAAUGAGUGAUGUACAAACAUGGGUUAGUGCUGCUUUGACGGAUCAAAACACUUGUACCGACGGAUUUCAAGAGAUUAAUGCUACGGAGAAUGUUAAGACAUUGGUAAGAGGGAGCAUUGUGCAAGUAGCUCAGUUAACUAGCAAUGCUUUGGCUUUGAUAAAUAAACUUGCCACUUCACAUGGUUAAAAUAGCUCAAUUAAGGUAUUGUUUUGGUAGAUUCAUAAUUCCAGCAUUAUUAAUGUAAUUAGUGUUGCAUUCUCAAGUUAUGCAGCUUCAAGUUGGUGUGGUUAAACUUAAGUGUGUGAAAGAUUGUAAAUGUGUAGCAAUUAGUUGUUGAGACUUAUGCCAAUACAAGUGAGUGAAUUUGGCAUUUAUGUUGAUUUUUAUAUGCAUUUGCCCUUUGGUAAAGAUUUUUUUUUUU